AUGGGCGACAGUGGUGAUGAAGGUGAAGACUAUUAUGGUCUUUGUGAUGACAAUUACAAUGAAUUGGUCGCUCUGAUGCCCAAAGAUGACGGAUUUGCUGAAGAUUUAAAGUGUCGUACAAUGAAAACGAAUGAUGUUGAACAUCUCUUAAAUGAGGAUAUUAAGUCACUGUCAUCAGAGCAAUACAAAUGGAAUUUGAAGGAGGUGAAGGACGCAUAUUUUAAUAACGCCAUGUCUCUUCUUACUAAUUCAAAUCUCAUACCUCUAUCCGGACCAGUGUACAACUCUGAUAGCGCUGAAUUUUCGGAUUUUAUUAAAAGUGUUUCUCAAAGCGCUCAACAUAAUUGUAAUUCUUAUAUUAACCUAGAAGAUAGAGAUUUGAAGCAGGACGUAUGCUCCAUAUGCUUUUCUUCUCCAAGCUCUUUGGUUGGCGUCAGCGUUAACCAUGACCCCUCGUUAACUUCAUUGCGUCUCCUUGGUAUGAGCUGUGGCCACGUAUUCUGUUUAGAGUGUUGGCGGGCCUACUUUGAUUAUCGGAUUUCCAGUUCCCAAGCCUCCAUAGUGGAAUGUAUGGCAGCAAACUGUUCUGUUCGGAUUCCCGAUGAUUUUAUACUGUCUGUGAUUGAUAACCCUGAAUCCGUUGAAAAACACCGUAGGCACAUUCUCAAUGAAAGUAUUGAGGCACAUCCUCGUUUGCGAAAUUGCAAUGACACGCAUUGUGAUCGCGUAAUCUACGCACUGGAAGAGGCGAAACCCCUUCGUGUUACUUGUUACUCCUGCAAUUCCCAGUUUUGUUUCUCCUGCUCUGUGGAAUUCCAUGCCCCUGCGCAAUGUGAGACCAUCAAGGCCUGGCUGCAGAAAUGUCGCGACGAUUCCUCUACUGCCACUUACAUGGCUGCUCAUACUAAGGACUGUCCUCAGUGCGGCGUUGUCAUUGAAAAAAAUGGCGGCUGUAAUCACAUGAGGUGUGCAAAGUGCGGACAUGAAUUUUGUUGGGUCUGUCUUGGUCCUUGGAAGAAUCAUCCAGUGGAAUAUUACGAUUGUAGCAAGUAUCGGCGGGCAGAAGUAUCCGAGAUUGAAACAAAUAGAACACGAGCUCGAGAAUAUCUUCAAAGGUAUCUGUUCUACUAUGGAAGGUGGGAGAAUCAUGAGAGAAGUCUUCGCUUGGAGGAGAGGCAUUACAAGGAAAUUCAGAAUCUGAUUCAAUCGAAGCUACAAGCUCAUGAGGGUACCUGGAUUGAUUGGCAACAUCUGUUGAGUGCAUGGGAGACACUGCGUAAGUGUCGGUACACCCUAAAGUACACAUAUCCCUACGCCUACUUUCGCCUCUCUGAGGAAGACCCCGCCUCACAUACUUUCGCGCUCUUCGAGUACCAACAGGGUCUCCUUGAAGCUGAAGUGGAGGCACUUUCUUGGUCCGUCGCUAAGGCUGAAAUCACUAAUACUGCCGGUCUGAUGCAUCAAAUGAAUAUCUGUGAGAAACAUCGACGAACUCUCAUUCAAGAGUUCUAUAGCAAUAUCUGA